GCGCGGGGAGGGCCCCGAGCACGCAGAGCUCCGGGAACUGCUGAGCCGUUGGGGACGAGAUUCACUCCUUGCGGACGUGGUUUCCCAGCUACGGGUGUUAAAGGUGCUUUUCCUCUGACCUUUCUGUGGAAAGACUUCCAGCACUCUGUUGACUAGGAGAGGAGUGAGUAGACACACUUGUUGGAUGUGGAAGAAAUGCUUAUUAUAUAGCUUGCAUGAUUUAAAGGAACUUUCCAUCCAUCUCUACCCUUUUGAUGAUGUUGAUCGUGAAGGUUCAAUGGAUUUUCUGUGAACUUAAAAGAAGUUUUUCCAAAGAACUUCGGGUUUUGUAUAGGUAAAAUUGCCUCCAAAGGAAACUCACCAAGGAAAGAGCAAUGGCUUGUGCUCAGGAUGAAUUGGCACUCAAAGAUGUGGCCAUAGAAUUCUCCCAGGAGGAGUGGGAAUGCCUAGACUCGCCCCAGAGGACUUUGUACAGUGAGGUGAUGUUGGAGAACUACCACAAUCUGGUGUCAGUUGGUCUUGUUUUGUAUAAGCCAUACCCGGUCUUCUGCCUGGAGCAAAAGAAAGAUCCCUGGAAUGUGAAGAGAGGGGAGACUGUAGCCAAAGAACCAGGAACUUGGGAGUCAAUGAAGGAAGCAAUUUCAACUCCUAGAAGACAUCAGAAAAUUCAUACAGAAGAGAAACCAUACAAAUGUGAAGAAUGUGGAAAGUCCUUUAGUCAAAUAUCAUAUUUUAGAGCACACCAAAGAAUUCAUACUGGUGAGAAACUCUUCAAAUGUGAAGAAUGUGAAAAGUCCUUUAUGUGGAUAUCAUUUCUUAGAGCACAUCAAAGAAUUCAUACUGGUGAGAAACCCUUCAAAUGUGAAGAAUGUGACAAGUCCUUUAUGUGUGUAUCAUAUCUUAGAGCACAUCAAAGAAUUCAUACUGGAGAGAAGCCCUACAAAUGUGAAGAAUGUGACAGGUCCUUUACUGAGAGCUCGGCACUUAGGAAACAUUACAGAAUGCAUACUGGAGAAAAACCGUACAAAUGUGAAGAAUGUGGAAAGCCCUUUAGCCAAAUAUCACAUCUUAGAACACACCAAAGAAUUCAUACUGGUGAGAAACCCUUCAAAUGUGAAGAGUGUGACAAGUCCUUUAUGUGUACAUCAUAUCUUAGAGCACAUGAAAGAAUUCAUACUGGAGAGAAGCCCUACAAAUGUGAAGAAUGUGACAGGUCCUUUACUGAGAGCUCGGCACUUAGGAAACAUUACAGAAUGCAUACUGGAGAAAAACCGUACAAAUGUGAAGAAUGUGGAAAGCCCUUUAGCCAAAUAUCACAUCUUAGAACACACCAAAGAAUUCAUACUGGUGAGAAACCCUUCAAAUGUGAAGAGUGUGACAAGUCCUUUAUGUGUACAUCAUAUCUUAGAGCACAUGAAAGAAUUCAUACUGGAGAGAAGCCCUACAAAUGUGAAGAAUGUGACAGGUCCUUUACUGAGAGCUCGGCACUUAGGAAACAUUACAGAAUGCAUACUGGAGAAAAACCGUACAAAUGUGAAGAAUGUGGAAAGCCCUUUAGCCAAAUAUCACAUCUUAGAACACACCAAAGAAUUCAUACUGGUGAGAAACCCUUCAAAUGUGAAGAGUGUGACAAGUCCUUUAUGUGUACAUCAUAUCUUAGAGCACAUGAAAGAAUUCAUACUGGAGAGAAGCCCUACAAAUGUGAAGAAUGUGACAGGUCCUUUACUGAGAGCUCGGCACUUAGGAAACAUUACAGAAUGCAUACUGGAGAAAAACCGUACAAAUGUGAAGAAUGUGGAAAGCCCUUUAGCCAAAUAUCACAUCUUAGAACACACCAAAGAAUUCAUACUGGUGAGAAACCCUUCAAAUGUGAAGAGUGUGACAAGUCCUUUAUGUGUACAUCAUAUCUUAGAGCACAUGAAAGAAUUCAUACUGGAGAGAAGCCCUACAAAUGUGAAGAAUGUGACAGGUCCUUUACUGAGAGCUCGGCACUUAGGAAACAUUACAGAAUGCAUACUGGAGAAAAACCGUACAAAUGUGAAGAAUGUGGAAAGCCCUUUAGCCAAAUAUCACAUCUUAGAACACACCAAAGAAUUCAUACUGGUGAGAAACCCUUCAAAUGUGAAGAGUGUGACAAGUCCUUUAUGUGUACAUCAUAUCUUAGAGCACAUGAAAGAAUUCAUACUGGAGAGAAGCCCUACAAAUGUGAAGAAUGUGACAGGUCCUUUACUGAGAGCUCGGCACUUAGGAAACAUUACAGAAUGCAUACUGGAGAAAAACCGUACAAAUGUGAAGAAUGUGGAAAGCCCUUUAGCCAAAUAUCACAUCUUAGAACACACCAAAGAAUUCAUACUGGUGAGAAACCCUUCAAAUGUGAAGAGUGUGACAAGUCCUUUAUGUGUACAUCAUAUCUUAGAGCACAUGAAAGAAUUCAUACUGGAGAGAAGCCCUACAAAUGUGAAGAAUGUGACAGGUCCUUUACUGAGAGCUCGGCACUUAGGAAACAUUACAGAAUGCAUACUGGAGAAAAACCGUACAAAUGUGAAGAAUGUGGAAAGCCCUUUAGCCAAAUAUCACAUCUUAGAACACACCAAAGAAUUCAUACUGGUGAGAAACCCUUCAAAUGUGAAGAGUGUGACAAGUCCUUUAUGUGUACAUCAUAUCUUAGAGCACAUGAAAGAAUUCAUACUGGAGAGAAGCCCUACAAAUGUGAAGAAUGUGACAGGUCCUUUACUGAGAGCUCGGCACUUAGGAAACAUUACAGAAUGCAUACUGGAGAAAAACCGUACAAAUGUGAAGAAUGUGGAAAGCCCUUUAGCCAAAUAUCACAUCUUAGAACACACCAAAGAAUUCAUACUGGUGAGAAACCCUUCAAAUGUGAAGAGUGUGACAAGUCCUUUAUGUGUACAUCAUAUCUUAGAGCACAUGAAAGAAUUCAUACUGGAGAGAAGCCCUACAAAUGUGAAGAAUGUGACAGGUCCUUUACUGAGAGCUCGGCACUUAGGAAACAUUACAGAAUGCAUACUGGAGAAAAACCGUACAAAUGUGAAGAAUGUGGAAAGCCCUUUAGCCAAAUAUCACAUCUUAGAACACACCAAAGAAUUCAUACUGGUGAGAAACCCUUCAAAUGUGAAGAGUGUGACAAGUCCUUUAUGGUGAUGAAUUAA